GACACUGUUCCAACAUAGGACGUACUUCCUGCAUUGAAGAUUAUUGUUGUAAUAUUUUUUAUAUACGUGAGAAUAUUAUACUAUAGUCGUAUUCUUUUUUGUACUAAAAUAAUUAUUGUACGUUUUCAACAAAAUUAACAUUACUUCAGUUUUCUCUGUUGUGGUACAGUGUGAAGCAUGACUAUGGGUGAGGAAUCACCGAUAAAUCAUCUUGUAUACCCAGUACUUUUGAGACCCAUAUUGGAUAAGCUGGAAAGGAGAGAUGCUACUGCAGCUGAAGCUCUAAAAACAUCACUUUCUAAGGUAGAGUAUUCUAACCCAGGAUUUGCCUAUGAUUUUGUAAUGGGUCUUAUUAGAUGUGCUGACCUUUCUGUAAACAUAACAGAAAGCUUAUUGAAACUACAAGGAGGUAUUCCAGAGACAGAAGACUACAAGUCUACUCGCCCUGAAGAUGCUUUCCAGGAACUGAAUAAAAAAGCGUAUUCCCUGAAAAAAAUAUUGAGUCGAAUUCCAGAUGAAAUAAAUGAUCGAAAAACAUUCCUAGAAACUAUCAAGGAAAUUGCUAGUGCAAUAAAAAAACUUCUAGACACAGUUUAUGAAGUGUCCACCUUUAUUAUUUCACCUAGUGGUAGACAGGCUUUGGAGCAACGAAAGAAAGAGUUUGUGAAGUGUUCUAAACGCUUUAGCAACACCUUGAAAGACUUUUUUAAGGAGGGACAAGCUCAAACUGUAUUUGUGAGUGCCUUGCAUCUGAUACAUCAGACUAAUGUCAUCAUGGUCACAGUUAAGAGUAAGACUGAACAGUGCUGAUUACACCAAUAAUGUAUUAUUGAGUGAUAAACAGAGGGAAGUAGAGAUACUUGAAUGUAUUAUCCUAAAUUGAUGAACAAAAUUAUGAAAACAAUGUAGUGUUCUUUACUUUAUGUAAUUGUACUAAUAAAAAAAAAAGAUAGCUAACAGCACUGUAGACAUAACUUCCCAAAUUGUGUUUAAAUUGAUAAGGACAGAAUUCAUGUUCAUCAAAAUUUCUGAUAAUUUUGACAAUAUUGGACCACAAGUGUAACAAUAAUCUUAUCCUUUGAUAAGUAAACAGCUUCGGCUUUGAGUUUUUUGUUCUAAGAUGUUCAUAGCACUGAAAGUAAUUUCAAAGAAAUUGUGCUAAUGCACUUUUAGUUAACCAAUACCAUACCCCAUUAGACAGUAUUUCAUUUUUUUCUGGAGGCUAUUCUUAUUUUAUCAAGGCAUCUUAGGUGAUUUGUAAAACUCAUUAAAUUUGCUAUCUUUUCCAGCAAACACAAAACCAUCUUACAUUUUUUAAACAUCUUGUAACACUUUAACUUUGUGUGGUUUAUUAAUGGAUCCCUGAUUUUAUCAGUGAAUUGAAAGUCAUAAUUUACUUGUUAAAUAAAUAUGAAUAUUCUUGGCCAAGAUUUUUGCCAGUGGACAUGCAGUAAUAUUCAUUUGUUGAACAAGAGUUAACAGGUCGUCACUUCUUUUAGUGAAGGACUCAAUCAUUAUCCAUUUCUUAAUUAAGUUAUAAUAUUUUAGUCUCUGAGAUUUAUUAGCCAUCUCAUAAUCAUUAGUCAUUUGUACAAUAACUUUCGACUUUUUUUGGCCACUGUGGUUUAUCAAAGUUACAAAAUGCUGUGUAUCAACACAAGUAAAGCUUGAGCACAACCUUUGAAAGGCUAAGAUGUUUUUAUAAUACAAAACCAUCAAUAUCUAUCGACAAGACUUACCAGGUUUAGGUUUUCACUGAGGUUUAUAAAUACUUUUUUGCAUGCUUAUAGAAUGUUAUUAAAAUUUUAUUUCAUGUAGCUACUUUUUUUUCUUUUUUUUUAGCAGUGUUCCAGUCAACUUUUUUUUAUUAUUUAUUUAGGUGAUUUAUUCAGUAGCCUGAUGGAUAAAAGUUUCAGAAAAUAUGAUAAAGUAAUGUGGACUAUUUGUUAAUGGAAUUAUUCUAGUAUUAAUUUAUAGUUCUUUUGGAUAUACAUAUUUGAAAGAGAAAUAUUAAGCAUCAUAGUCUAAUCUUUUAUAUAUACAUGUAUGUUGCUCAAAAACUCAAAAUAAUUAAUUUUAAAAACAGUUGAAUUUAAAUACUUGAAAAUAAGAAAUUGUGUUAAUAAUGCAGAAUUAUAAUAUAAGAAUUAUUUAACUUUUAUGUUAUAGAACUGAAAUUAUGCCGCUAUUCCUUUCUUUGCAAUACAGAAUUACAAUGUUAGUAUUAUGUAACACUCGUAUCGUGAAGUUUACAACAUAGUUCAUUAUUAUUAAUACUACACUUUUUUCUGAAACAAAAUGACAUUUGAAUAUAUUUUUAACUUUUAUAUCUAACUUUAAACAUGUCUAAAUCUAGUACUCUUAACUACCACACAAGAGGCUUAGUUUCACAGAAUUAUAAUGUAAAAAUUGUUUAAUUUUUAUCCUUUAAACACAAAAACUUUUACAUACUCCAAAUUUUUUAUUGUUCCCAAAGAUAAAUUGAAUACUGUAUAUAUCUGUUUUUCUUUGGGUAAGAAUAUAUAUAUAUAUAUAUAUAUAUAUUUUCUGGAAGUUAGAUAUAUGUGCUUUAUUUGUUGAAAGCUAUAAAAAAUAUCUGUUAACAGUCACUAAACAACAAAUUGAUAUAAAAAUGGAUCAAAAUUAUUUUUAAUAAAAAGAAUACUGAUAUAAUUAUAAAUGCAGCAUUUUACAGUUAUAGCCAUUUAAUGUUUUUUUGAGAUUGAGAGAAUAAGGAAAAAUUAUGUUUAAAAGGAAUGAUUAUGUGGAUUUCUCUUACCCCAAAAUAGUGUGUGGAUGUAGUUUCACAGGUUACAAGCAUUUUGAUUUGUUACAUAAAAGAUUUUACUAUGAUGCAUUAAUAUUCAAUUCAAUAUUUAAAGAAGGGUAGUAUCAAAGGAAAAAAUAUAUAUUUUUUUUGAAGUUAGCAUUAAGACAUCAUCAAUAAAAGUUGCACUGGGACUAUAAAUAUAUUUCCAUCAUGUUGUGUGAAAAAUUAAUCAACCAACUAUUCUUACUCAUGAACAUCUUCAAAUGGUUUCUUCUGAAAAUAAUAUCAUACUUGUAAUUCACUUCAUCAUCUUAAAAGCCUCCCAGUAGCUCAACAGUAAGUCAGAAGGCUUAAAACACUAAAAAUGGUGAGUUUUGAUACCUGCAUUUGGCAGAUCACAGGUAUCCUAUUGUGUAACUUUGUGUUUAAGAACAAACAAACAAAAAAUUACUUUAAAAUGUUGGAAAACUUACCUGUGUUUCACUUUUUCCUUUUUUGAUAAAAAUGCACUUUCAAAAAUAGUGAUAAUUUUAUUUUUUAUAAAAUUUACUUUGUGUUUAUUUUAUACUUUUCUAAAUAAAGAUACAAUUUACUUGAAUUCUCUACUGUUGACAAAAAGUUAUUUCUAUAAUGUUGAGACUUAUGUUUUGUCAGAGUAUUGUGUAUAAAAUAUGCUGAAAGAUUAAAUCUUUUUCUAAAACAGUGUACUUCUGAAAAAUGCUGAUAUUUUUAAUUCUUUUUCUUUCUUUUUUUGUAACAAGACUGGGAGUUAGAAAACAUUCAUAUAGUUUUAAUACUUUAACCUUGUUGAUAAAACUGUCAUUUGAAAAACAUAUACCAAUACAUUAUAUUUUAAAAUUGAUAAGCAGUCACUUGGAAAGUGUGCUGUCAGUUAUUUUUAUUUGAUAACAUAAUAAUUUGAUGUUAUUUUCUCAGUAAAUAUAUGAUAUGUUGCUAGUUUUUUGUUGUUGUUUUUCCUUUAUACAAAUAUUAUAAAUGUAUAUGAACUGUUAAUUUUAAAUUUUUCAGCAUUAUAAUUUUUUUUCAAUCUAACAUUACAUUUGUUGAGUAGGUGCAAUUAGCUGUACCAACGGUAGAUAAUUUAUUAAUAACCAUGUUAUUAUGAAUUUAAGUAACAUCGUACCAGUUUUUUAAUUUGUAUGGGUUUAUGAAUUAUUUAUUCAGAAAACUGAUCUCAGUUCAUUUUUGCAAAACCAAUGGUUAUAAUUGAUAAAACAAUAGUUUAUUUCGUUAGAAUUAAGUUUUGUGCUGAGACCAUAAAACUACAUUAAUAAAUUUCUCUCGGCAUUUUGUUGCUUUUACAAAGUUUAUGUAUAUUUCUAUACACGUAUUUAAAAAUGAUGUCUAUAUUUUACUUUAUAUUACAGAUUCAGUUGCUUCAAACUUAUAUAUAUAUGUACAUUUAUGAAAACAACCCAUUUCAACUCUGUAUUAAUACACUGCUUUAUUAGAAGAAUGAGGUGCAUCUAAAAAAAUGAAUAUUUUUAACCUUGACCCUUGAUAAUAAGGGGUUGAAUAGUUUUCUGAGUGUUUUAAAAACUAGCCAAACAAUAACAAAGUUUUUGAUUAAUAGAUGUCAUCAUUGUUUAAUGUUGUGUUAAAAUAUAAAUAUUUAGUAUUUUUAAUUAUUAAAUUUUAUAGUAGAGUAAUUUUAUUGCCAUUAUAAGAAUGUGCAUUUAUGCUUGUUUUGUAAAUUAAUUGGAAAUUCAGAAUAAAAAAUAAA